UGAUACCACAUUUUGGGAACCCGUUAUAAUCAAUCGUCACAAGUGCAUUACUAACUUCAUGUUCGUGGCACAUAACACAUCCUCGGGGCAAAAAUAUUCGAGCGACUUCACUUUCACUAAACUAAGUUUUUCAUGCAGAUCGGCAGUUCGCCUAUUCAGAAAUAAAUAUAAUUAUUUAUUAGUUCAUAAUUAAUUUAUUUAUUAUGAGUUUUGAUGAAUAUGAGACCUUACCAUCGUCUAAUGUGACUGAUCACAUGCUUGCUGGUGCCAUUGCAGGGAUUAUGGAACAUUGUGUUAUGUACCCUCUAGAUUCUGUAAAGACUCGGCUACAGGCAUUCAUGCCAUCUGGAAAUGUAGGGAAUCGUGGAAUUGGCACUGUCCUUUUCAAUAUGAUAAAACAUGAAGGAUAUUUAAGACCAAUGCGUGGAAUGGGGACAGUAAUUAUAGGUGCUGGUCCUGCUCAUGCUCUCUAUUUUGCAUCUUAUGAACAUUUGAAGCAAAAAAUUUCCCAUCAAACACCUUUAAAUAUGACAGUUUCCUCAGGUGUUGCUGGAUGUGUUUCAACUAUUAUACAUGAUGCAAUUAUGACUCCAACAGAUGUUGUUAAACAACGUCUACAAAUGUCAAAUUCACCAUAUAAUGGUAUUUUAAAUUGUGUGAGUUCAAUUUGGCGAACUGAAGGAUUAGGAGCAUUCUAUCGUUCGUACAUGGUACAGCUGUUCAUGAACGCGCCAUUUCAAAUAGUUCAUUUUAUGACAUACGAGUAUUGUCAAAAUUUUUUGAAUCCAGAUAGAAUAUACAAUCCUUUAUAUCACAUGAUAUCAGGAGGCGUUGCUGGGGGACUUGCAGCUGCCAUAACAACGCCAUUGGAUGUGUGCAAGACUCUAUUAAACACUCAAACUACAAAUGUAAGAGUUGAAGGUUUAUUUCGUGCAGUCGCAACUGUGUAUACCUUGGGUGGUCCUAGAGGAUUUUUUAGAGGUAUGGUAGCUCGUGUCUUGUAUCAAAUGCCAUCAACAGCUAUAUCCUGGACGACUUAUGAAUUUUUCAAAUUUAUACUUAUGAAGAAAUCAAACAUUUCCGAUGAUCGGCCACCUCCUCCACCUCCUCCAAUAAAUUCAUCAUUGAUAAAUGAAAAAAUAACAAAAACAACUAGUGUUCGAUGUGAUUUGCCUGUAGCCUCAAGAUCACGUAUAUAUAGUCAUUAUACAGUUAGAGAUGAUGCGUCUAAAGGUCAGCAAUUUUAGUCUCAAGUCCGAAGACAAUAUUUGUGUAGUCUUCUAUUGUGUUAUUUUAGUUAAAUGUAAUACUAACUAUUUUUUAAGUUAUCAUUUAAAUAGUUAUUAGUUGUUUUACCGUGUUUAUAACAAUAUUAUUAGGAUCUUGUGUUUUACUAUCCAAUAAUAUAAGUUAUUACUGAUUAAAAUACUUCACUUUACAAUACUAGACAUACCCAUCUUAAAAUAUAUAGACUUGUUAUGUCUAUGUAUGUUUUUAAAAUAUAUAAAAACAAGUUAGGUGUAUUAAAAUGUCUUUUUGUCUGUGAUAUGUUCAUUUAUUUUUAUUAUUAUUAUUAUUACUAUUAUUAUUACCUUUUGUUAUAUGAUUAUGUUUUUGUUAUUAUAACGAUGUUCACUUUGGAGGAAAGUAAUAUCAUUAUGUUAACGUUUGAUAUAAAUUUGAAAUAAUUUUAUUUUUAUAAAAAAUUAAGAAUGAUAAAAUUCAAUGUGUAUGGUUACAAUAAUAAAUAAUAUUAUGAAGAAUAAACACUUCAAGUGUAAAUGCAAAUUAAUGAAAUUAAAUUGUUACAAUGAUUAAGUUUAUUCAAUAUUUUAUGUACAUCACAAGGUUUUUACUACCAAGUGAUUACUAUUUAUUUUGUAUAUGUACAGUACCUACUAUAUUUAAUAUUCAUAGACAUAGUUACGGCUAAUUAGUAAAUAUUUAAGAAAAAUCAACAUUUUUCCUUGUAAAUCUAGUAUGUGCCUCACAAAAAUGACAUUUCUGUUAACCGUUAUAUUAUAUCWUCAUGUAAACAACUUAUUGCUUAUUUUAAGCGAAUGUUAUGAAAAAAAAAAAUAAAACAUCAGACAAUAAAAACACCA